UGCAGCAAUUGAGACAAGAUCAUGAUAAUGGGGAUAAUGGCAUGCACAAGAUGGAAAGGAAGGGAAUUUGAUAGAGAAAGUAGUAACAGGUUUUAGCAAGGGCCUAAAUGUGAGGGUUUUGACAUCAAGGUUUUGAGCUGGGAUGGUGACCGUUUGGUUGUGGUAUUGGUAAUAGAUGGGAUUGGUGAAGGGACAGCAUUUUGAUGCUUAUUUCGUUUCUGAAAAAAUUUCUUUAGGAUGAUUUUGUAAUUCCAUUGAGUACAAUGGUCCUGAGCCAGCAUCCACAGGGAGAGUGCAAUUCGAGGCCUACUGUCUUCCGAUCUGCGACUUUAAAAUGGAAAAAAUGGAAGGAGACACUACUGAGCAGAAAAAGGCCAUUUGUGGGGCGCUGUUGCUACAUGUGUACUCCUCAAAGCCGGGAUAAACUUUUCAAUGCUAGUAUUCCUUCUUUGGGCCUGCGCAAUGUCAUCUAUAUCAAUGAAACACACACAAGGUACAGAGGGUGGCUGGCAAGACGGCUCUGUUAUGUUCUUUUUGUGCAAGAACGAGAUGUGCAUAAGAGUAUGUUUGCCAGCAAUGUGACAGAAAAUGUGUUGAACAGCAGCAGAGUGCAGAAAGCCAUUGUAGAGGAGGCUUCUGUAUUAAGUGCUGCAGGUACUCAGCCAGACCUCAAGGCCAUCAGCAAAGUGAAGAAAAAAGCUAGAAGGAUUCUCCAAGAAAUGGUAGCAAACAUCUCACCUGCUUUGAUCAGGUUGACUGGUUGGGUGUUACUGAAAUUAUUUAACAGCUUCUUUUGGAACAUUCAGAUCCACAAAGGCCAAUUGGAGAUGGUCAAAGCAGCCACCAAGAUGAAUUUGCCUCUUAUCUUCUUGCCUGUUCACAAAUCUCACAUCGACUAUUUGCUCCUUACAUUUGUGCUUUUCUGCCAUAACAUCAAAGCACCGUACAUUGCUGCAGGGAAUAACCUCAACAUCCCCAUCUUCAGCACAUUGAUCCGCAAGCUGGGAGGCUUUUUCAUUCGGAGGAGGUUGGAUGAGAACCCUAAUGGACGUAAAGAUGUCCUUUAUAGAGCUUUGCUGUAUGUGCACAUAGAGGAGUUGCUUAGACAGCAGCAGUUCUUAGAGAUAUUCCUGGAAGGCACACGUUCUCGGAGUGGAAAAACAUCUUGUGCCAGAGCAGGUCUCUUAUCUGUGGUGGUAGAUGCUCUCUUCACAAAUGCCACCCCUGACAUACUAAUUAUACCUGUGGGAAUCUCCUAUGAUCGCAUCAUUGAAGGUCACUAUAACAAUGAACAGCUGGGGAAGCCUAAGAAGAACGAAAGUCUUUGGAGCGUAGCCAGAGGAGUCUUCAGAAUGCUGCGGAAGAAUUACGGAUGUGUCAGAGUAGACUUUGCACAACCAUUUUCCUUAAAAGAAUACCUAGACAGCCAAAGUCAAAAACCUAUGCCUGCCAUGCUAUCUUUGGAGCAAGCUCUGUUACCAGCUAUACUUCCUUCACGCCCUAAUGAUGUUGUGGAUGAAGGUACGGAGGUUGCACUGGGUGAUUCCAGGGAUUUAUCCAAUGAGCCCUUUAGAAGACAGUUGAUAGCCAACUUGGCUGAACAUAUAUUGUUCACUGCUAACAAGUCAUGUGCUGUGAUGUCAACACACAUAGUUGCCUGUUUGCUGCUCUACCGACACAGGAAGGGAAUUGACCUUUCCAAGCUGGUGGAAGACUUCUUCUCUAUGAAGGAGGAGGUCUUGGCCCGUGACUUUGACUUGGGAUUUUCAGGAAAUUCUGAAGAUGUUGUCAUGCAUGCCAUCCACCUGUUGGGGAACUGUGUAAAUAUCACAAACACCAGCCAAAACAAUGAGUUCUUCAUCACUCCCAGCACAGCUAUUCCUGCUGUCUUUGAACUCAACUUCUACAGCAAUGGUGUACUGCAUGUCUUCAUCAAAGAGGCCAUUAUUGCCUGCAGUCUUCAUGCAGUGCAGAGUAAAAGGUAUAGAAAUGGCAUCAAUGGCGUUUCUCCCAACCUGAUUAGCCAAGAACAACUGGUCCGCAAAGCUGCCAGCUUGUGCCACCUGCUUUCCAAUGAAGGUGCUAUAUCCUUGCCUUGUCAGAUGUUAUACCAAGUUUGCCAUGAGGCAGUCGAAAGGUUUAUACAAUAUGGCAUUCUUUUGGUGGCAGAGCAAGAUGAUCAGGAGGAUGUUAGCCCUAGCCUUACAGAGCAGCAGUGGAGUAAAAAGCUUCCUGAACCCUUGUCUUGGAGAAGUGAUGAGGAGGAUGAAGACAGUGACUUUGGAGAAGAACAGAGGGAUUGCUACCUGAAGGUGAACCAAUCCCAAGAACACCAGCAGUACAUCACCUUCCUGCAAAGGUUACUGGGGCCUUUACUCGAAGCCUACAGCUCAGCUGCCAUCUUUAUGCACAACUUCAGUGGUCCUGUGUCAGAAACCGAAUACCUUCAUAAGUUACACAAGUACCUAAUAACCAGGACAGAAAAGAGUGUUGCAGUGUAUGCUGAGAGUGCCACCUAUUGUCUUGUGAAAAAUGCAGUGAAGGUCUUUAAGGAUAUUGGGGUUUUCAAGGAGACAAAACAAAAGAGAGAGACUUUUUUGGAACUGAGCAGUACUUUCCUACCUCAGCGCAACCGGCAAAAACUACUGGAAUUCAUCCUGAGCUUCAUUGUACUGUAGACCACGUUUAGUACCUUUUGCCAGGGAGACGAAGACAGGUUCUGAGAUUUGUGUCAAUGCCUGAAGGCAUUUGCUAGUCCUUCAGAGUAUAAGGCCUUAUCUGACUUGAACCACUGGAAGACAGUGCCUUCUUAUGUAUGCAUUUAUGGAUUUCUGAUGGUCUCAAUCCUGUGAAAAUACAGCAGGUGACACUGUGGAUGCAAACGAUCAGUCAUGUUUGCAGUAAAAAAAAAAAUUUAAAAAAAAAUUAAAACUAGAUUUAAAAUGAAAACUGACAUUUUAUCAGUGUUACAUUUUACAUAAUUACUUUUAAAGACUAAUGACUGUGACAGGUGCACAAAUGCAGAUAGCUAGCCCUGAGAUCUUGAAUUUAGUGGAAAUACUGCUUAUGACAAAAAAAAAAAAGUAAAGUGAAAGCUGUUACUUCAGACAGGAAGGGGAUGACAAAUUUUCUGGUUUAUUGUUUAAAAUAAAUGGUUUAUAAAGAUAUGCAUGGACAAUGCAUACUUUAUGGGAAAAGCCAUAGUUUUUCAUAAUUGUUAGCAUCUAGAAUAAAUGCCAAAA